AUGCAGAGACCGUUAGAAGAGACGGCUAGAGUGGGCCGCGACUUCCAGGUCCCCCAGAAACUGACAACAGACUUGCACGAGCUCCUCCUUACGGAUUCCGACCAGGACCUCGUCCAGCAGUUCGCACACACCGUCCUUGCCGCGCAGGAGAACCCUACCCCCUUUACAGCAAAGACAGGCCGCACGAGCGGGACCCUAGACGCGGCCUGGGUGAAAAGCGUCAUCGCGAAUGCGAAACAUGAGGGCCUUGCUAGGGAACUGCAACACUUAGUCAACGAACGUAACGCGGCGUUACAGUUACUUCGUUGGACGGUCGAACGGUCCAGCACCCGAGAGAAGGUUGCCCGUCAGAUCCUCGAACGAGCCCUCGCGAACCAGAAGGAGCUAGGCCGUCAGGCCAGAGCUCGCCAGCAAGAUCUUAUGGAUUACACGGACCAGAUCCGUGCGAUCGAGGCGAGCUAUGCAGGCAUCAAAGACUCUGGGGCGCUCCGACAGGAUACCCCGGGCCCUCAGGAGCACCACACACCCCACGACCUCACGCCAUCUCCCCGUCUGAAGAACGAACCCUCGCAGGCGCCAUCGUCGACUACGUCCACAGCCCGGACCCGGCACAAUACAAUCAAGAUCAAGGACCCGGAGCCCUUGGACAAUGGAUCGAAUCCGCGUUACGCUGACUGGAAGGCAGCAGUGGAGCGGAAGAUGGAAUUAAACGCCUACUUCUUUCCCGACGAAUUCGCUAGGAUUACGUGGAUCGCGACCCUUAUCAAGGGACAAGCGCACGAGGUCCUAGCGCCCUACCUCGCGAAACAGGACGACCUCGAGAUCAGAUCCGUGGGUCAGAUCUUCGAGCUCCUUGGGUCAGUUUACGAUAACAAGAGCCACAAGUGGGAGGCGAGGCAGCGGCUGGAUAGCCUGAAAAUGAAACAAGGGGAGUCCUUUAUCGACUUCGCAGCGAAGUUCGUAACCCUUGCGACAAAAGCAGGACUCCAUGACCGAGACCGGAUCACAGAGCUUCACAAGAAGCUCACCGGUCGGAUCCGCCUAAACAGCCAAGAUAUCUACGAGCGGUACGAGGAGCUUACGUUUGCUCAAUAUCGUGACCGGAUGACUGCCCGGUAUCUUGUUCAGGUUGACGCGUUAGAGGGACUGAAGGAGGACCGAGAGGAGGUUGCGAAGACUAGGAUACCGACCCCAGACCGAGGAAUAAUCCGCCUCCUCGCGACCCUCGACUCCGCCGACUACCACGUUGCCGUCUGA